CCUUGAUGCUCUCAACCUCUAACAAUGGCAGCUUGUUUCAAGCAAUCCCCCACCGUUGAAGAUGACUCUCUAGUUCUCUUCUCUGCUUCCAAUUCCCCUGAACUCUCCACCAGCCCUUCAUCCUCUUCCUACCACUCCCCACUUCCAUCUCACAAUCUCACGGUGAGAAAUCUCUAUUACACAGUUCGCCCCAGUUCAAGAUCUUUACCAACUUCAUUCUCUCAAUUGCUUCAGAAGCCUAAACCCAUAACUAUUCUCAAAUCAGUAUCCUUUGUUGCUUCAAGUUCUGAAAUCCUUGCCAUUGUUGGUCCAAGUGGAACUGGGAAAUCUACCCUUCUCAGGAUAAUAGCAGGAAGGAUUAAGGAUAAAGAUUUUGAUCCUAAUGGUAUCUGUAUCAACGAUCAACGGAUGUCGAGUCCGGCUAACUUGAGGAAGAUAUGUGGAUUUGUAGCACAAGAGGAUGAUUUGUUGCCUUUGCUGACUGUGAAGGAGACUUUGAUGUUUACUGCUAAUUUCAGGCUCAAGGAAAUGAGCGCCAAGGAGAAGGAACAGAGGGUGGAGAGUUUGAUGCAGGAGCUUGGACUUUUGCAUGUGGCCCAUAGUUUUGUCGGAGAUGAAGAGAAUAGAGGCAUUUCCGGUGGAGAAAGAAAGAGGGUUUCAAUUGGGGUUGAUAUGAUUCACGAUCCUUCAAUUUUGCUCCUGGAUGAGCCAACUUCAGGGCUUGAUAGCACUUCGGCUCUUCAGGUGAUUGAGUUGCUUUCUUCCAUGGCAAGAGCAAAGAAUAGGACAGUGCUGCUAUCCAUUCAUCAACCCAGCUACAGGAUUCUUCAAUACAUUUCCAACUUCUUGAUCCUUUCUCAUGGCUCUGUUGUCCACAAUGGGAGUCUCGAAAUGCUUGAGGAAACCAUAAACAAACUGGGAUUUGAAAUUCCAUUGCAAUUAAAUGCAUUAGAAUUUGCCAUGGAAAUUAUGCCCCAACUUGAGGCUUCAAGUUUGUCUGGUACAGAGGACAAGGAAGGAUAUUCUUACCCAAUUUGGCCGGACGAAGAAUUCAGCGGCAUCCCACAGAGGAAUAACAUCAAACAGUUGAUAAGCACUUUUUACUUCGUCGAUUUGCUCGAAAUCAUGUUCCUCUGCUCCAGAUUCUGGAAAAUCAUCUACAGAACAAAGCAACUGUUCUUAGCAAGAACAAUGCAGGCCAUCGUUGGGGGAUUUGGACUGGGAAGCGUUUACGUAAAAGUGAGGAAAGACGAAGAAGGCGUUACGGAGAGAUUGGGUCUCUUCGCCUUCAGUCUAAGCUUCCUCCUUUCCUCCACUGUCGAAGCACUUCCCAUUUACCUCCAGGAGCGGCGUGUUCUGAUGAAGGAAGUCUCCAGAGGCGCCUAUAGAAUCUCCUCCUACAUGAUUGCCAACACCGUCGUUUUCCUCCCAUUCCUGUUCGUUAUCGCUCUCCUCUUCGCCAUCCCCGUAUACUGGAUCGUGGGACUCAACCCUUCCAUCUCCGCCUUCGCAUUCUUCACCUUCGUCGUCUGGCUCAUCGUCUUAAUGGCCAGCUCUCUGGUACUCUUCCUGAGCGCUAUCUCACCGGACUUCAUAUCGGGAAACUCCCUAAUCUGCACCGUUCUGGGCGCCUUCUUCCUCUUCUCCGGAUACUUCAUCCCCAAAGACAACAUCCCCAAGUACUGGCUUUUCAUGUACUACGUUUCCCUUUACAGAUACCCACUGGAUUCUUUGUUGACAAACGAAUACUGGAGUGCAAGAAACGAUUGUUUCUCAUGGGAUCCCCAAGAAAAUCAAAUUCAUUCGAGGUGUUUGCUUACAGGAAACGAUGUCCUGAAAAGCAGGGGACUUGAGAGGGAUACAAGGUGGAUGAAUGUGGGAAUCAUGCUGGGCUUCUUUCUGUUCUAUCGCCUUCUUUCUUGGAUCAUUCUUACCAGAAAAGCUUCAAGAACAACAAUUUAGCUCCCUUGUUUACGUUAGUACCACAACAUUAAUUGACAUUAGAUGGUACUGAAGAAGACUUUGAUAUUUCAUCGUUUGAAACACAUUCUUAAGUGUAAGAUGGCAUAGAAAAUACUUUGAUACUAGACUAUUAUUCACCCAUGUUCUAAAGAUGGGUAACCAAUCAAGAAUUAUCUUGUAAUCAACUAAGUUAUUAUUGAAAAGUUAUUGUUAGGAUGAGUAGUUCUUAUUCAUUUGAAGUUUGAAUCUUGGGAUGGACUUCAAUGCAUGAGGUUGGGUUUAAUCUUUACAGCUCUGGACUUGGUCCACAAUUAGGCCACACGUUCUGUAUCACGAGUUUAAGUUUCUAGUUUGGUGUAGUUAGUACUUUUAAAAUGAAUGUUGAUCUACCCU